AACACAGCGAUCUACACUUCAAUGAACAUGUCUGCCCCGAUAGUAGCCUUGUUUGGCUACGAAUCUUCAACAUUCACUAUCAAACUAAGGCACGUCCUCCGGCUCAAGCAAAUUCCCUACACUUUCGUCACAGUCCCCAGCAUGAUGCCGCGACCACUACUACGGGACAACUUCCACCUGACCUAUCGCAAGAUCCCCGUCCUGGCAAUCGGUCGAGAAAUCUACUGUGACACCUCUCUCAUUUGUGAAGCUCUGGAGCACUUCUUCCCGGAAGCCGAGGGCUACAGAACACUCUACCCUACCUCACAAGAUGGCAGAAAUUACAGGCCUCUGAUCCGAGGGUUUGCAUCAUACUGGACGGAUCGACCGUUGUUCCGUGUAACGUGCGGAUUGAUGCCGGCGAGUAUCUGGCGGAGUUCGUUUGGUACUGAUCGAGCGCAAUUGAUCGGGCACAAGCUGGACCCGGACAAAUUGGAGAGGAAACUGCCUGAGAACUUGUCACGACUUGAUAUGCAGUUGUCGAUGUUGGAGCCGUUGUUCGCUGAUACUAACGGGCCUUGGGUCUUCUCGACGAGAACGCCGUCCUUUGCCGACGUAUCGGUGUACUACCAACUUCUCUGGGGCAAUGAGAUCUCAUCCGGUCGCCUCGUGGCGAAUUUGACGGCAGGAGGUGCUCCUGACACCGAGAUGGAAGGUGCAACACCGGUCUUCAAUGCGAAGCGUUACCCAGGUGUAUGGGCGUGGUAUCACAAGGUCCAACGAUACUUUGAAGGAUUGCCUGUCGUAGAGGACGGAACGACUUCGUUUGAGAGUGUGCUUGAGCAGAUGAAGAAGUCCCCGACAUUGGGCAAGAAGUCGAUGUUGCUGCCUACGCCAAGAGCUACACAUGAUGAGCUCGAUGCGAAGUGUGGACUCGUGGAUGGUGCAUUGGUGUCAGUGGCUCCGGAUGAUACUGGAAGAGACGAUCCGACGAUAGGAACGCUCGUAGCGCUCUCGCCUGAGGAGGUCGUCAUCAAGCCUCUACCGCUCGAGAAUCAGCCCACUGUCGAGACGCGGAUUCACUUCCCACGACUGGGGUUUGUGAUUCGUCCAGUGAAGCAAGCGAAGAUUUGA